AUGGCUCGAUAUGAUUUAACGUUGAAUCCGAUGGAAGAAACGAGAUACUUAAAAAAACACCGAGAACUUGCAUUGAGUCUAACCAAACAAGUCCAUUUUAGUUUCGAAGAAGUUGAAGCUCUCCUGAUAAUCUAUUAUAAAAUCCAAAAAUAUGAUACGUAUGAUCCUAAAGGUAUCACAAGAGAUGUUUUGAUGGAGAUAUUUCACUGUUGCUUGGAUAUGACAGACAUGGAAAAAGUUAUAAGAAUAAUAACAUGCUUGGAUGAAAAGGCUCGAGACGUUUAUAUUUCGAAAGAACUUUGGGUGACCUUAUUGUCUUUGUUUUUACGAGGCACUUUAGAAGAGAAAAUGGCAUUUUGUUUUAAGGUGUAUGAUUAUACAGGAAAUGGAAUGCUUAUGAAAGAAAACUUGUUCAAACUAAUGGUGGGUUCCUUAAAAAGUAAUAUCAGCGAAAUAGAUGCUGAAGAAGCUGUAAAAGAUAUGGUAGAAGUUAUUCUGAAGAGGAUGGAUGCAGACAGGGACGGCAAAAUUUCUUUUAACGACUAUAGACAUAAUGUAUUAAGACAACCAGCUUUGUUGGAGUUUUUAGGUCAAUGUCUUCCGGACCGACAUACUGUCCAUAAAUUUUUGUGUACAUUUACCGGAAACACUAAAAUAAGAUUCUAUAAACUGAAGCUUGGCACAAGUAUUAUGUAA